UUUUCACACAAUAAUUCAAACCAGCUCUAAUAUAAUCAUUCACAAUUUCGCACCUUAAAAGUUAAAACCACCAUCAUGAAACCUCAACUCUAAUCACACCAAUUCAACUCAUUUUUCACAAAAAUGAACACACUCACAAUCAUUAUUCUAUACAUACAAAUCCUCCUAUAUCUAUCACCACCACCAAUAACCGCCACAGACUUCCUAUACAACUCCUUCACAGCCACCACUAACAACCUCCUAUUAAUCCGGGACGCACGUUUCGAACCGCCAACCAUCCGUCUCUCUAACGACUCCAAUCAAUGGUCCAUCGGGCGGGCCUUUUACUCCACUCCUAUCCAAAUGAUCCGACCCGGAUCCAAUUCAUCCGGAUCAGGUAUAACUAACUCAACAUUAACUUCAUUUUCAACUCAAUUUGUAUUCUCAAUAUUGCCUGAAGAUAGUUCCACACCAGGUUUUGGUCUCACUUUUGUGUUAUCGAAUUCUACCGAGCCCAACGGCGCCGUCGGCGGCCAGUAUUUAGGGCUUUUCACCGGUUCUCCGGCGCGAAAUGUCGCGCCGUUGAUUGCGGUGGAAUUCGAUACCGGUUUGAAUACCGAGUUUAAUGAGAGUAAUAAUAAUCAUGUUGGAAUUGAUUUGAAUAAUGUUCAGUCUGAGGAGUAUGUGUCUGCUGGUUAUUAUAGUAGGAAUGGUAGUUUCGUUAGUGUCGAGAUGCGAAACGGGCAAAAUGUACAUGCCUGGAUUGAGUUUGAUGGGGCUAGGGAAGAGUUUAAUGUCAGGAUUGCGCCCGUUGGGGUGGGCAGACCCGUUAGGCCGUUGUUGACGUAUAGGAAUUCGAGGAUUCGGGAGUUUGUGUCUAGGGAGAUGUAUGUUGGAUUUUCUGCUUCUAAGACGACUUGGGUUGAGGCGCAGAGGAUUUUAGCUUGGAGUUUUAGUGAUACGGGUGUGGCUAGGGAUAUCAAUACUACCGGUUUGCCGGUUUUUUUAGGGAGGGGAGGGGAGGGGUCGGGGUCUGGUUUGUCGAGUGGUGGGAAAGCGGGUGUGAUUAUUGGGUCGGUGGUGGGGUUUUUGUGUUUGGUAGGUUUUGGUUAUUAUGUUUGUGUGUAUUGGGGAAAGAAGGAUGAAGAAGAGGAUGAGGUUGAAGAUUGGGAGCUUGAGUAUUGGCCUCAUCGGUAUUCUUAUGAGGAGUUGAAAGGAGCUACUAAUGGGUUUUCGGAUAGUGAACUUCUUGGGGCGGGUGGGUUUGGUAAAGUUUAUAAGGGGACGUUGAGUAAUAAGACGGAAGUGGCUGUGAAAUGUGUGAAUCAUGAUUCCAAACAAGGAUUGAAGGAAUUUAUGGCGGAGAUUGAAAGUAUGGGUAGGCUUCAACAUAAGAAUUUGGUUCAAAUGAAAGGUUGGUGUAGAAAACGGAAUGAGUUGUUGCUUGUUUAUGAUUACAUGCCGAAUGGAAGUCUUAACACAUGGAUUUUUGAUAAGCCGAAGAGUGUUUUGGGUUGGGAAGGACGGAAGAAAGUGUUGGCGGAUGUAGCCGAGGGUUUGAACUAUUUACAUAAUGGGUGGGAACAAGUGGUGGUGCAUAGAGAUAUCAAGUCGAGUAAUGUGUUAUUGGAUUUGGAUAUGAGAGGCCGGUUGGGUGAUUUUGGAUUAGCAAAGCUGUAUGCACAAGGGGAGGAGCCCGGGACUACAAGGGUCGUGGGUACACUCGGGUAUCUGGCACCCGAGCUAGCUAUGCUGGCAUCACCAAACGCAGCUAGUGAUGUUUAUAGCUUUGGUGUGGUGGUGCUAGAGGUGGCGUGUGGGCGGAAACCUAUUGAAACAUGGCAGGAGAGGGAGGAGGAUAUGAUUUUGGUGGAUUUGGUUAGAGAGAAGUAUAUGGAGGGAAAGUUAGGGGAGCUUGCAGAUCAAAGAAUUAAGGGGCAGUAUCUGGUGGAAGAGAUGGAAGGGGUGUUGAAACUUGGUUUAAGUUGUUGCCACCCUGACCCACAACACAGGCCGACUAUGAGCGAGGUAGUGGCAAUCUUGUUGGGGGAGGAUACCUCUGUUGCUCCAACAAUUAUGCUACAAGAAAGUAAAAAAGAGCCAUCGCCAUAACCACCCACCAACACGGCCACUGUCACUUCCAUUGUAACUAUAUUCUUCCUUCACUUUUGUAUUAUAUUUCAGAGUUUGAUCUGUUUAUUAUUUUUUAGGGCAAUUCUGAUUGCAUCUUGUUCAUUACAUCUAUACAUCUUUUUUUUUCUUGAAA